UGUCUGCUCUGAGACUCGACGCUCUGCUCACACUGAGAGGAGAGAGACAAACAGCUACAGGAGGAACACUAUCAUCAACAGAGACUUAAACGCACUGCUGACUGUAUACGUGAGUUUAUUAAAUACAACUCACAAGUAAUCUCCACACUACGUUCCACAGGAGGGUGUGACUGGGUGAGUGAAUGGCGUCCAGCUUGUUUCGCCCAGAAGAGGAUCUCUCCUGUCCUGUGUGUCGUGACAUCUUUACAGACCCUGUCAUCCUGUCAUGUAGCCACAGCUUCUGUAAAGCCUGUCUGCAGGAAUACUGGAAACACAGUAAAUCACAGGAAUGUCCACUCUGCAGGAGAAGAUCUUCCAAACUAGAGCAACCAUGUAACCUGGUCCUGAAGAACCUGUGUGAGUCCUUCUUACAGCAGAGACGUCAGAGAGAUUCAGCAGGGUCUGAGGUGCUCUGCAGUCUGCACACGGAGAAACUCAAGCUCUAUUGUCUGCAGGACAAGCAGCCAGUGUGUUUGGUGUGUCGGGACUCCAGAAAACACAAAAACCAUGACUGCAGUCCAAUAGAUGAAGCUGCACAGGAUCACAAGGAGGAACUCCAGCCUGCUCUGAAGUCCUUAAAGAUGAAGCUGGAGGUCGUUAAUGAAGUGAAAAAAAACUGUGAUCAAACAGCAGAACACAUUAAGAUCCAGACCCAGCACACAGAGUGGCAGAUUAAGGAGGAGUUUCAGAAGCUUUACCAGUUUCUACAAGAGGAAGAGGAGGCCAGGAUAGCUGCACUGAGGGAUGAGGAGAAGCAGAAGAGUCAGAUUAUGAAGGAGAAGAUUGAGGAGCUGAAUAGAGAGAUAUCAACACUUUCACACACAAUCAGAGCCAUAGAGGAGGAGCUGAGAGCUGAAGACAUCUCAUUCCUGCAGAACUACAAGGACACAGUGAAAAGAACCCAGUCCACUCUGCCGGGUCCACAGCUGGUCUCAGGAGCGCUGAUAGAUGUGGCCAAACACCUGGGAAACCUGACCUUCAGAGUCUGGGAGAAGAUGCAGGACAUUCUCACGUACACUCCUGUGACUCUGGACCCCAACACUGCCCACCCACUCCUCAUCCUGUCUGAGGAUCUGACCAGUGUGAGAUGGAGUCAGGAGGAACAACAGAUUCCUGACAACCCAGAGAGGUUAAAUAAUGUUGGAUUGGUCCUGGGUUCUGAGGGCUUUAACUCAGGGACACACAGCUGGGAUGUUGAGGUUGGAGACAGUACAGACUGGCUCCUGGGUGUGUUAGCAGAGUCUGUCCAGAGGAAGGGAGACAUAGAGGAUGGAUACUGGGGAAUCUGGUUCAACAAUGGUACAUACAAAGCACACUCCUCAUCAGACGCAGGCACUGUUCUCACAGUGAGACAGAACCCCCAGAGGAUCAGAGUGCAGCUGGACUGGGACAGAGGAAAGCUGUCAUUCUCUGACCCUGAUACAAACACACACCUACACACACUCACACAAACCUUCACUGAGAGAGUCUUACCAUACAUUGCUAGUAUCUACACUCUCCCCCCUCUGAGGAUCUUACCAGUGAAGGCCUCUGUAACAGUAGAACAGCACAGUCAUUAGAGAUGGUUCCACCUCUCUCUGUAACAGUAGAACAGCACAGUCAUUAGAGAUGGUUCCUCCUGUCUCUGUAACAGUAGAACAGCACAGUCAUUAGAGAUGGUUCCACUUCUCUCUGUAACAGUAGAACAGCACAGUCAUUAGAGAUGGUUCCUCCUCUCUCUGUAACAGUAGAACAGCACAGUCAUUAAUCA